UAUAUUUAGAGUGUUAUGUUAAGUUUAUGAACAAAGACAGAACUUGUUUGAUCAUACAAAGUUACAUAUCAAAACAUUGAAUUUCAUUAUUAACAAGAGAAUUUUACGGUUUAUCAAGAAACCAUGGCGUUUCAACUGAUAGACGUGACAGUUCUCAUGGCAAUAUUGGUAACCCUUCAAGGUGUCUGCUACAGUAAAACUUCAGUGACAUAUUCUUUUCCAAAUGAUGCAUGUGAUGCACCGACGUAUGUUGUUGAUAAAGACACCAAAGCUUUCAUGAAGUUUGAAGGGGAUUUAAGCCACCACGAUUGUAGACAAAUGUCGUUCACAACUCCCAAAUCAGUUUUUUACAGAUAUCGCAUGUCCGUAAGACAACUGCAUUUAGACAGUCCUAAAUGUCAAAGUAUGCUUCAGUACAACAUAUUUGUCACCCAUUACAGUUAUGAUAUAAACAACUUUGAAUUUAAUGGCGAGAUUAAAGGUAAAGGUUGCGAUAGGGAUUCGUACCCUUACCUCUUUCUUUCGAAUUGGAUAUACUAUGUCGAUUAUGUUUCCUUCGAAGUAGAGAAAAAUGAUAAACAAAAUGAUGGAUACAACAAACAGAUCGAAAGACCACAUGUGGACUUUAUACCUGACAAACUAAAUGAUACUUUUACGUUUGCAAUUGAAACAAGAGUGGAAUACCAUUACGAUGUUAUUGCUGGUGUAUCAGGUGGAGUUGCUGGAUUUUUAGUCAUAUGUGGAUUGAUUAUUUAUUGGUGCAUAUGUUGUCGUCAGAGAAAACGACGAAGAGGUAGAUACUGUUGCGCAUGUCUAACACACAAACCAGGAAACAUUAAUGCAGGAGGUCUUUCGACAGAGUGUUCCGUAAAUGAACUAUUGUUAUGUUCCUGUAUCUUGUGUAGACCUAAAUUCCAGAAAGAAAGUGUACAGGGAUCAGAUUCACUUGACAAGGUUUCUAUUGAACCUGCUGACAGCAAAACUGAUAUGUAUAAGGAAGCGGAAUCUGUAAAUGGUCUUACAGAAGAAAACACAGCUCCACUUAUUCAGUGUGAAUAAGAUGGCGAUAGACAUAUCUUGUCCGAUUGCAAAUAUCAUUGAAACUGUUAUACCUGAAUAACAGCAAAUAAACAAUGUGUAUUUUUAUUUGUCUUGUUUGAUCAGCAUAAUUGUCAUUACAUUUUUAAGAUACAUUUUAUUCGCAAGAGCUUCAAAGUGCAUAUCACAGGAAUUGAUAUCUUAUUAUGGUUGAAUAUUUACUUUUCUUAUUAUUUCAACAACGGGAAGAAAUGUAAAUGAUGAAAUCAUUUCAUAAAAUUUCGCUGUUAAUAAAGUCAUUUAUUAAACAAUAUAUCUGAAUUUAAAAACUAUUUUCCCAUAACUUAACCCAAUACAAUAGUACCAGGUUAAUUAAAAACAACAAUAACCAGUGGUAGUCUAUCGUCCAGUCCGAUCAUAUUUUAUUCAUCUGCUUAAAAAACUAUAACUUCAGUUUAUGUUCAGGCUAGUUAGGUUGCCAUUAUUAAUAGAUUAUUACGUUUAGUUCAGUGUUUCCUAUUUAUUAUUUAAUGUUGUUCUGUUAAGUUAUUUGAUCUUGUAAAUAAACAUAAAGAUUUUUUUAAA